AUGGGCCACAGCAAGAGCUUCUCGGUGGAUGAUGGCUUUGAGUUUGACGAGGCAUGCUUCAGAAGGUUUUACAAACCGUUAUCAAAUCUUCCAACACCUCCUCCUUCGUCCCGAAACUCUUCAGCCGCUCAGAGUCCCCGCAUUCUUGCCGAGGGCGAAACUCCAAACUCAGACCUUCUAGCCCCUGCAAUCCAUCUCACUCAGAUGAUUCCCCCAGGACUCUCACGGGAAGAGCCAUCUACUGCUACAGUUCAGUUUAUGCUCAGCCACGCCGAUUUACCCAUGGAUCUCAUCGCCUUAGCAGCCUGCAUUCUAGAUGCCCUUCCCUCGAGAUUCCGCCACAGCUGGCGUAUGUCCUAUCCCAGGUCGCGGCGGACCUCGCCAGUAUGCAAGCGGCACACUCUCCCAUCGACUCCGAUUCAGCUGGAACAUGACGCACAGGCCGAUACAGUGUUACCCGAGGUCGCAGUUCUUGCAGCCCUGAUGAUUGCCGACAAGUUUGUAGCCGACCUGCAGGAGCCGACAAGUUAUUACGCGAGCAGGUGGGGAAUGGAUAUCUGGUCUUGCGAGCAGAUCAACUUCACCGAACGCUGCAUAAUGGAGGCUCUGGGAUAUCGCAUUCUACCGCUAUGGGACGCUCAAAUCAUCAAGGAGGUACGCCAUGAUAUUGAGCUCGUUCGCCGAGAGCUGAUGGACGAAACAAGUGGGAUGGCACCCGAGGCAAGAGACUACGAGCUCUGCAGCAACAGGCCGAUGAGCUCCGGAGAAGCAGUCGUCGGUUUGGGUCUUCAGCUCACACCUGCAGAGACGCCGAAGUCUCAAUUAACGGCCGGCCAAUACGAUCAGGAAACUCGAGAGGCGUUCAGCACCGCCAGGGCCGUGCCUCCAGACUACCUGCAUUUGCCAAACGAGGCCAGGCACCCUUGA